CACUUUCUCUCACUUAAUUCUCUAAUUACUCACUUAAACUCACAUAAGUUUAUCUCUUUCUAUUUUUAGAAACUCUAACCCUUCAUCUCUCCCUUUCCUCCUUCUAUAUAUUAACCUCGCACUCCUCAUUCCCUAUCCUCACUUCAAACUACUCAUUUUGUCUUCCUCUUACAUAAUUAUUCUUCAACUAAUUAUAUACUACAUACUAGCUUAAUUAGCUUAAUUAAGCAUAUGGAUUUUGAGCUCAAUACUUCACUAACUACAACAUCAUCUAAUGAUCUUCCUCAUUUGAUCAACCUCGAUCUCGUCCUCGAUCGAUCAUCAUCGUCCUCAUCAUCCAUGUCGGCUUCCUCGCCCUCGAGCCCCGCCGCCGGUGAGGCAAGGGUGUUCUCAUGUACUUAUUGUAAUAGGAAGUUUUAUAGCUCCCAAGCUUUAGGGGGCCACCAAAAUGCUCAUAAACUUGAGCGUACUUUAGCCAAGAAGAGUAAGGAGCUUAAUAAUAACAACAAGCCUCUUAACCUCGGCUCGAGCCGUAUGGCUAUGGCUCCACAUCUCCGUGCUUAUGCUCACUUCGAAUUUAGGGAGCAAGGAGUAGAGUAUGGUUUUGGAAGUGAUCAUAUGGUUAACUAUGGUUCUAGCAAUAAUAAGGAGGAUCUUGAUUUGUCCUUGAGGCUUUAAUUAAGUAUUAUUGAUUAUCAUGUUGUUGGAUUAUAAAAAUGACUGUUAUUAAAUCAUAAUUAAGCUGUAUUAAUCCGUACUAUAGAGAUGUAAUAUUGAUAAAUUAUAGAGAAAUUAAAUAUUUCAAUUAAGAGAAGAUAAAAGAGAAUUUAUA